AUGUUGUUUCGCCCUAACUUUGAGAAGAGAUUUCUCGCAUGUAAGGACCGAAUUGAGUGGCACACCGGGCAUGUCAAACUCCAGGUCAACACUGCAGGGUUUGAAGAUUCUAAGAAGCGAGACGACAGUAUGAUGGCGCUAUUGACGAAGAACAUAUCGAGCCAGCAAAGCAUGGUCAAGAUCACAUUUCCCUUUCGAUUCGUCCAAAAUGUACCGCGCAACGAUAACUUCUUCGGAAGGGGCAACGCUCUAUGUGACAUCGAGCAGCAUCUAGACCCCGGCCCUCGAAGAGGCGUGCCACGUAUGCGAAGCCUGGUCAUACACGGACUGGGCGGGUGUGGCAAAUCUUCUGUUGCAAAAGAGUACAUGUAUCGCGAAUACAGAGCGGGAAAAUACGAAGUAAUCAUCUGGCUAUAUGCUGACUCGAAGGACAAAUUGGAGACGCAAUUCAUUGGACUUGCGAGAGCUCUAGGAAUACAAGUCUCUGAGCCAGAGUCAAGGCACGCUGUUCUCAACUGGAUCAACAACUUUGACAGGGAGUUUCUGUUUGUAUUCGACAAUGCCGACGAUCCGGGAUUCCUCAAGCCUUACUGGCCGAAUACUGUUCGCGGUUCGGUACUUGUCACCAGUCGAAAUCUCAAGGUCCAAAAUGAAGGUCUAGCCUUCGUUGGCCUCCCAUUGAGGGCCUUUGGCGACCAAGAUGGAAUCGACUUUCUGAGACAGGGGCUACCCUCUGGUUUUCAAGCAGAUGAAGAUGACAUUAAGGCUCUCGAGCAGUUAACGCAACGAUUUGGAGGCUUACCAUUGGCGCUCAGAACAGCUGCAUCUUUCAUGACGAAUAAAAACUGCAGCCCCGUCAAAUUCCUCCGUCUCUAUGAUCAGCGAUCCGAGGUCAUCGAUAGCUACCAGGUCGAGGGCUAUAGCAGGACAGUCGCAACAACAUGGACUGUCUCCACCAGCGCUCUCUCAGAAGCCUCCCUAGUUCUUCUGGACGCUUUCUCCUUACUCGAUCCUGAUUCUAUUCCAGCUGAGCUCUUCGACUCGACUGAAACCCAUCACGCAUUUGCAAUGUUCUUGGAUGACCCGCUAGCUGUUGCAAACGCACAAGAAGGCCUGACUCAGCAAUCACUGGUCGACUAUGAUCACAGCAGUAGGAGCAUGAGUGUACACCGACACUUGCAACACAUUACUCUCUCGCGACUUGUCAAAAAUAAAACCCGAUUCCGCCAGGUCACGGAUUUAUCCUUACAUCUUCUAAGUGCGUAUAUUCCGGAGUUUGGCUUUACUUCAGUACGCCAUCCUCAAAACUGGAAGUACGUUGAGCACUCACUCAGCCAUAUUCAAAGUGUUUAUGGCAAAUGUAAAGAUGCGCUCACCGAAUCAGCAAGUCAGAAGCUGUUGGUUUGCCUGACCAAGUCCAUCUGGUAUGUCAAAAAGUUUUCAAAGAAACUUUGUUUGGGUAGACUGCUAAUCGAAGAAGCUAUGCGUAUGAAUCAGGCCAAUAUGUGCUCGGAGUAUGGGCCUACAAGGCAGCGAUAG